AUGGCAGAUAUAACAACUACACAACACGGAGAAUCUAUGAAUAAUAUGAUAAAAGGUUAUUUAGAUGCAAAUACUUCUCUUACUAUGUUUAUAACUGCAUUUCAAUCAGCACUAGAUACACAAAAUGAAAAAACAGAAUUUCGAAUAUACCAACAAAACAAUUUUAAUAUUAUCUAUAAAACUACAAGUAUAUUUGAAUAUCAAGUUGCUUCUAUUUUAACUACUUAUGCUUUUAAAAAAACUCAAGAGCAAUUAAUGCAAUCUUUUAUGUAUAAAUGUGAAGAAAUUGCAAGUGAAGAAGAAAUUAUUAAUAAUUAUAUUGUAUUUUCGACUUCAACUUCAACUUCACCACAAUCAACAUUAUCUAGUAUUGAGCCAAGCGAUGAUCAAAAUUAUCAGUAUAUGUUAACUCGAUUAUUACAAAAAGUGCAACGAUUUGCAAUACAAAAUCCUACAAUAGCUACAACUUUAUAUAAUUCUUUUAAUGAAAUAUUUAUUUCUGAACAUCCAUCUAAUAAACGAAUUACAAGUACAAUAGAAUUAACUAAACCGUUAAAUGAAAUUCAAGAUUCUAAUACUAUUACAACAUCUUCACAAUUUCAAGAUCCUGAUUUUUUAGAUCACCAUUUUAUUGAAACAAAUAUUUUUUUUGACGAAUUGAAUUUAGAAAGGGAAGAUACGCAAUGCCUAUAUUGUAGUGAGGCUUUACCAAGUCCAUUACUUUUGAAAGUUUCUAAAUAUUUAAACGAUAUUGCAACAAAAAAAAUUGAACAAUACGAAUUUUGUCAAGUUCAUAAAGGAGAAGGAAUUAUUAUUCCUUAUAGGGUUGAAAAAGGAUAUCCAUUACAAAUAGAUUUUACAAUACUACCUAAUCGAGUUAGAAACUUGAAAUGUGAAUUGCUAAAAGUUAUAAAAGGUCAAUGGUAUAGCGAAUAUCAUGUAGAUGCAAUUAAAAAAAUUCAAGAAAUAGGAGUAUCAAAAGUCAAUAGUUUAUUAUUACAAAUCAACUAUUUUGAAUCAUUUCAACCCGGCUAUUAUGGAACCAAAGGUCUAGCUAUUAUCUUAAAAACUUUAACUGAAAUGUUUGUUCAACCCAAAAUAUUAACCACAAAUCUUUGCACACCACAAUCGUCAUCUCAAUACUUGGCUCAAGUUUUGACACCAGAAACUGCUAUUAGACUUAUUGUGGAAGAUUUUAAUAAUAUUUCUUUAGAUAUAGCAAAAAAAAUUAUGAUUAAUAAUAUUGAAUUUGGACUAUAUAUUCACGAUGAUGAUAAUGAUAAUAUUAAAAAUAAUCAAUAUUUCAAUAAAUAA